GCCACCUAGAGGCUAUAACUAGUACUUGACCGUGUUGCUGCAAGUGAUCAAAGGACACAGUGGACACCUGCGCCUGGACACAGCCGAGCUCCAGCGAUGUCCAAGUGGCUGAACGACGGCGAGGUGCUAGAAGGUACAGGGAGCUGCGAGGUGGUACCCGUAAGCCCGCGACCUCAGAUUCCGCCAGCAGGGAGCCCAAAGUUAGGCAGGGGUCAUAGCCCACUGGGUUCACCCACCGCUAGAAAGGCAUCAGCAGCUUCAAGCCCGCAGGCAGAGACCAUGGGCAAGGCAAAGGAGCUGUUUGUGCUGUGCGACAAAGAGGGGAAGGGCUUCAUCACCAAGCGCGACAUGCAGAGGCUGCAGAUGGAGUUGCCUCUUUCGCCUGAACAGCUGGAGACCGUGUUUGAGAGUCUAGACCGCCGAAGCAAUGGUUUCCUUACUCCACUGGAAUUCAGCACCGGACUUGGUGAACUGAUGGAGCAGAAUGACUCGACAGGGCAAAGCCAAGACCUUACAGACAAGGAAAGAGAACAGGUCGACUGGUCUGAGAGUUCGGCUGCAAUUACACUCACUCACCUACUAAAUGAACUUGGCGCAGACAAACUUUUUGACAGUCAGCAGGAGCUCUGUUCUCUGUGGUGUGAGCUCCAGAGAGAGCGUCCAGAGCUGCUGUGUCUCCUGGAAGGCAUCCUGCUCCAUGCCUUGACCCAUUUACAAGACUCCAUCAGAGAGCGAGACAGUCUUGAACAGGCUUUGCGCAGACGGGAGACUGAACAUGAUCAAGUUGUUCGGUCCAUCUAUGAAGAAAUGGAAAACCAGCUCCGUGAGGAACAAGAGAAACGCCUUGCUCAGGAUAGUGUCAAACAGAAGCAAAAAGGCUUACAGCUUGAAGAAGAGUUGAAGAUGCGGGACCAAGAAUUGGAGAUAACGCUCAGCAGACAGAAAGAGCUGGACGCCAGAAUGCAGCAGCUUAUAUGUGAGCAAGUAAGCAUGAAGGAGAAGAACCACCAGCUGCGUAGCCUCAACAUGCAGCUCCAGGAGCAGGCGGAGAGCAGCAGAGACCAGCUGCAGGCUGCUUUGGGUCAGCUGGCCCAGCUGCAGCUCAGCGCUGCCAAGGAGCAAGUGGCCAGACAACAAAAUGUGAUAAAGGUGUCAAGAAACAUGCAAAAAGAGAAGGAAAGUCUCUUCAGACAACUAGAGCUGUUAAGGGACAUGAACAAAAACCUUCGGGACGAGAAAGAUGCCCAAUUGACAAAGAAGAGGAAUCUGAAUAUGGCGCAGAGUUUGCUGAAAAGAGGGUCAGUCGUAGGGCAGUACUUUCUCCAAGACAAGCCAUUGCAAAGACGCCCGAUCUCAUGUGAUGGGUUGGAGCUUGUCAAAGAGAAAAAAGCAGUCAAAUCAAACACAUCUCAGAGUUGCCAUCCGUCAUGUAAAGUCAGGUGUGACGGUGAGAGCGUUGGACAGAACAGACUCGUGAGUCCUCAGCAGGUGUUCAAGGUGGUCUUCUUGGGUAGCACAGGGGUGGGUAAGAGCUCCUUCAUCCAGCACUACUGCACAGGACAUUUCUGCAGUCCUUUGAGCACUACUGUUGGGAUAGACUUCCAGAUGAGGACGCUCAUUCUGGGCUCCACCUCCAUCACCCUCCAGCUAUGGGACACUGCAGGCCAGGAGAGGUUUCGCUGCAUCACGGAGCAGUAUUACCGCAAGGCUGACGGCGUUCUGGUUGUGUAUGAUGUCACUCAGGCGGCCUCCUUCACCGCUGUGAGAGGGUGGAUGGAAUCAGUGGAGGAGAAGAUGUGCGACGGCGCUGUGCUGAUGAUGCUGGGGAACAAGGUUGACCUAGCAGACGUUUCGGAAAAUAGGAAAGUGAUGACUAGUGAUGGGCAGAAGUUGGCACAACAGCACCAAGCUUUGUUUUACGAGUGCAGUGCUAAAACUGGAUAUAAUAUGGAGGAGCUGAUGACUCACCUGGCUCAGAUGUUGGUUGCCCAGAUUGAUCGACAACGUGAAGACACACUUUCCCUGGCACAGUGUGCCGCACGAAGAGGUUGCUGUGCAUGAUCAGCGGACGUUUUCAAGAAGGGCACGAUUUGUUGGCCUCGCAGUUCGUUAGUUGGGACAGUUCUGAGUUAAAAGUUUAAAUUACACAACUGGACAGUGAAGUCCAGAGAUUAA